ACUCGCUAUACCAAUCCAACAUGCCGGAGUCCAAAAUCAUUUCGCCCUCACCUGCAGGACCAAAUGUCAUCAAAGGUGGUGCUACAUUCACAGGAGACGUGUAUCUAAGCAUGCUCUACCAUGACCCAUCAGCUGCUAUGGCCCACGUCACCUUCACCCCGUGUGCCCGGACCCAUUGGCAUACCCACGAAAAAGGACAACAUCUCCAAGUCCUACACGGCCAAGGCUGGAUCUGCGAUAAAGGAUCUUCCCCUCGACGGAUCAAAACUGGAGAUUUGAUUUGGGCGCCUCCCGGAACGACGCAUUGGCACGGAGCGGAUGGGAAGAGUGUUAUGACGCAUCUGGCUGUUGGGUUGGGGGCGACGACUUGGGGGGAAAGGGUUACAGAUGAGGAGUUUGGAGCUGCUGGGAAGACUUGAUGGAGAGAGCGACGAGUGAGAGCGAGGAUGG